GUUUGUAACCUUGGGCUUCUACCAUGAUCAGAUGUUUCGGGCUGUUUUCAAGGCGCUAGAGGACGCUCCGAGCAUGCCGGGCGACACGCUGUGUCAGCUCUACGAGAUCCACCUGGCCUUGAAGGCCUUCAGGGACGACUACGGCAAAUACGAGCUGGAGGAUGCAGCAGUGCAGAGCUUGAAGGCUCACUAUCGAAAACAGCGCGGUGGCAA